AUGCGAGUGCUGCGAUCAUUUGGCAUGAAAGACAGGAGAAAUGACCCAACGAUGAUCGACUGGGAUGCUUUCCGAGCGUUUUCGCCCCUUUUGGAAAAGAAAACGGAUGAAGAAAUGCAAGAACACUUGUAUUGCAUAUUGGCAAUGUGCACAAAGGCGCAAGGCGGCGAACUCUCAGCCCUCGAUACAAAACGAGCUCUGUCUGUUGAUGCUAUGACGUCAAGAAAAGCCCAGAAACUCAUGAAUCGCUUACAUCUGACCCGGAAAGUCCACGCGUUAGCAGCCGGUCUUGACAAGGUCACGCCAAUGUUGAAAUUGUGCUCUGCUGAAGCUAUGCCGUCUGGCUGGACUACCCAACAUGACAAAGAGCUUAUUUCUGUUUGUGAUCAGCAUGGAAUCGACAAUAUCUCGGCUAACAUCCUGGCAAAACCCUCGUUCCAAAAGAUCAUCCGACCUACUGAAAAGACGCUUCUGCGGCGUGUCAUCGAAGUGUGCACAACGGUAGAAACUGGUAAAUGGAAUGGAACAGCCAGCACAGAAAGCGUUGACGAUAGCGAUGUGGAGGAAAGAGUACGACAACAGCAGCAGGUGCGACGCGGUCGCAAACGCACGGUCGACACAGAUGCCCAAAAGAUGCGCGCGCUCAUGCAACAGUCUAUGCUUUCUCAAAUGGGAGAUUUGCCGCUUGCUGCUGCGAUGUUACAAUCGGCUAUGUUUAUGCCACAACUUAUGGGUAACAACGCAGCGGCUGCG